AUGGACGACAUUCGGACGGAGACUUACCUACGCAUCCGCAAGGCCGUCGCAUCCUCGGUCAACGUCCCGGCGCGCCCAACCUCCAAUGAGGCGAAACUGACUAAAGCCCGGGCCGCGCUGCCAAACCCAUCAGCCGAGAGCUAUCUAAGUGAGAAGGGCUAUCCUGAUACCUUGGACCAUCUCAUCGAUGAUAUCGCGACAGCUCUCAAUGGCCAAAACCGGACUGCGACAUAUUGGGGAGGAUCUGCGACGGGGGGCACGCUGACGAUCGCAGAGAUCGCGGAGAACCUCGUCAGUGCGUUUGACCAGGACGUGUCUACACACCUGCCCCGAGAAUCAAUCGCUACCGAGGUGGAGGACGCAACGCUGGUGAUGCUCAUAGAUCUGUUCCAUCUGGGGAAACCGGAAGAGUGGGAGGGGAGGACUUUCACGACUGGGGCUGUGGCGGGGAACGUGCUUGGGAUCGCUUGCGGGCGUGAGAAAGUGAUACAGGCUAGACUUCCCGAGGACUCGGAGAGUGUGGCGGAUUUGGGCAUACUGGAUGCCUGUAUGCAAGCUGGCGUGAAGAAGAUCCAGAUCCUCGCCGAUGGGGGGCAUAGCUCGCUUGCUAAGGCUGCGUCCAUCGUUGGCUUGGGAAGGAAUGCGGUGAAAGUCCUGCCGUACAGCGAAACAGAGCCGUGGCGACUCGACAUCAAAGCUGUCGAAAAGGAAUUGCAGAAAGAGGGAGUCGCGAAUAUCAUUGCUGUGAGCUUUGGCGAUGUCAUGACUGGAAGAUUCGCAACAACGGGCAUUAGUGACAUGAAGAAGUUGAGAGACCUAGCGACCAAGUACAACGCCUGGCUUCACGUUGACGGGGCAUUGGGCAUAUACACUCGUGCUCUACCAGAGGACAAGGAAUUUGCACGUCUCAAAGAGUAUGCUGCUGGUCUGGAGCUGGCUGACAGUAUCACUGCCGAGCUGCAUUCUGUUCUUAACGUCCCCUACGACACAGGAGUCUUUUACACGCGCAAGGCUUCCACGUUAUAUGCUGUCUGUAACAACGCCGGUGAGAGGUCCUUGUCACUGGCAGAUGGCUCUGUACAGAGUCCUCGGAAUAUUGGGAUUGAGAACUCACGCCGAUUCCGCGCCUUGCCGGUGUAUGCCGUUCUGCUUUGCGAAGGCAGAGACCGUCUCAGUCAGAUGCUUGCUCGGCUCGUGAGAUCGACCCGCGCUAUAGCAAAGAUUAUCGCCUUCGAGCCAGGGUACGUCUUACUGCCAGGCGAUAGUACCUUGGGCAAGAUUCGCGCUCUUGUGAGCGACAUGCAUGAUAUUCAUUUCACCCUGCUUUUUCGAGCCACAGACGAUAGUCUUAAUGACAAACUAGCGGAUGAGAUCAAUAAUGAUGGCGUCUUGUAUGUAGGUAAGACAACUUGGGAAGGGAAACCAGCAAUGCGAAUUGCUGUGGCGAGUUGGAGGAUCAACGAGAAAGUAGAUCCAGGCAGUGUCGCAUACUAUUUAGGCGUAUAUUCGAUGGAGCACAAGCACGGCCCUUGGAGGCGGUAG